GUAAUAUGGUAAAUAUUUUAUACUCUGCCAAACAAAUAAAUUGCACUUCCGGGUUGUCCACGUUAACCUAUUUUCACGUAAUAUUCCAAAAAGGAAUAUUAGGUAACACAGAGUCAAGCUGGUUUCUUUAGUGAGUUGUGUGUUACGAGGACUAACUGCUGCCUCAACAGUUGGACGUAUAUCUUUACGAAGUAUUCAUACCUCAAAUAUCAUGGCCAAAUACAAUGUAUUAUUUGUACUGGGUGGACCAGGAGCUGGUAAAGGAACACAAUGUGAUCUUAUAGUUAAGAAUUACGAUUAUAAACAUUUGAGUGCAGGGGACCUUCUGAGGGAGGAAAGACAAAGAGCCGGGUCACAAUUUGGGGAGGAGAUUGAGGGCCAUAUACGUGCUGGUACCAUUGUACCAGUAGAAAUAACUUGUUCCCUGCUUCAACGUGCAAUGGAAGAUAGUGGCAAAAAGAAUUUUUUAAUUGACGGUUUUCCAAGGAACAAAGAUAAUUUGGAUGGAUGGAAUAAAGCAAUGGACGGUGUGGCGACUGUAAGACGUGUGUUAUUCUUUGAUUGUCGUGAGGAUGUGUGUGUAGAUAGAUGUCUAAAUAGAGGUAAAACAAGUGGCAGGUCAGAUGACAAUAUGGAAAGCUUAAAAAAGAGAAUUCACACAUAUAACAAUUCAACAAUGCCAAUUAUAGACCAUUAUAAAGCUCUAGAUUUAGUGAGUCAUUUACAUGCAGAAAAAACACCGGAUGAAGUUUUUGAUGAUGUAAAGAAAGUUCUAGAUGAGUUGAAGUUAUGAAGGACUUAGCGCUGAUUUAUUUAUAUAUUUUUUCUUAUCAAAUGUGGGACUUUUAAUAUGUAGUAUGAUGGUUUUUAAAAAACUUUUUAUUAGCACUCGUACACACAUUGUGUAAAGGUAGAAAUGUGUUGUUUAAGAGCUUUUUAUAACAUAUGCUACGGAAUGUCUAAAUCUACCUCUCCCCGUCUAUUUAAUUCUCUCCAUGCAUUCUGAUGACAAAGUGAACAAUUCAAUAUAUUGAACUACUUUUAAGUUAGUAAAACUUCCUUGUCCUUUGGACAAUAACAAUAUAAAAUACAUCUGCCUAGAUUUCAAUAAGUUUACUAUAUUGAAUUAGUUCAAUAUUCAUCUAGAUGCAAGAACAUUACAAUAUAAAAGUAGCAUAGACAAGUCAGUAUUGCAGCCAGCAUUCUAAAACAGUUAAAGUAUUAAAACACAGUGUGUUUGCUUUACAAACCAAUGCUGGACUCUAUAUAUUACAUUGUAAUUGA